AUGCCACCUCUGGUACACAAAAUCCACCAGCAUCGUCCAGACGAGGCUUUUGUUCCUCCAACCAGCCCGUUGACACCUCCCGUGCCCUCGGUGACGGUAGGCCAAAAAAUCCUCUCUGCAUGCACCGGAUCAAUCAUCACGUCUCUAAUAGUCACACCAUUCGAUGUGGUGCGUGUGCGACUCCAACAGCAAAGCGCACUGUCUGCUGCGGAGAGUGCCGCCCAGGCUCCCAACAUGCUACCUCCGCACUCGAAAAUUGAGGCCCCAUCGCCUAAAACAAACCUGUCUGCGCUCAAGGCUCAUAAGCUACACCCUAUCAAUGUCGCCACCCUACCAAAGGGCCUGGGUGUCACAGCAUGCUGCAAGGAGGUGUUUUGGUUCCCCACAUCGGUGGACUACUGCGUAGCGUCCGAAGUGGACCGGUGUGCUGUAGAGCAUGCCAAACAGAUGCGAUUCUCGGGAACCUGGCAGGGAAUGCGAACCAUUUACAAAUACGAGGGAAUCCAGGCACUCUGGAGAGGUUUGUCGCUCACUCUGAUGAUGGCAGCACCUUCAACGGUGCUCUAUUUCAUUGGAUACGAGUAUCUGAGAGACUGGUCGCCUAUCAGGUCGGAGGUUAUUAAUCCUCUGGUCUGUGGAGCUCUUGCCCGAACUCUUUCUGCUACAGUCAUCUCACCCAUGGAACUCUUCAGAACACGUUUACAAUCAUACCCCUUUGAAUCGUCGUCGCAAUUGGCGUUUCAAAAAACACUCACAGGUAUGAAAACCAUGAUUGCCCAGGACGGAUACCGGUCUCUGUGGAGAGGUCUGGUACUCACCCUGUGGAGAGACGUGCCCUUCUCAGGAGUCUACUGGUCGGCCUACGAGACCUUCAAGGCAAAACUCCUCCGAACACAAUACUUCCACGGAAGUGUAGAUGCUUUUACCCCUUCUUUCAUUGCUGGGUCGGCAGCUGGAGCUCUGGCGUCCAUCAUCACUCAACCAUUUGAUGUGGGAAAGACCAGACGACAAAUUGCAUCUUGUGAAUCAGCUGGCCAAAUGUCCAUGAUCCCACUGCUCACUAAAAUGGUUCGGGAAGAGGGACUCGGAUCUCUGUAUGUCGGAAGUGUGCCUCGAAUCUUAAAGGUAGCUCCCUCGUGUGCAAUCAUGAUUUCGUCUUACGAAGUCGGCAAACAACUGUUUGAUAAAAUGAACGGAAACAACGUUCUGACAUAA